AUCUCUAGUUGGUUCCUUUUUAUUUAUUUUUUUUAGACAUUGACACCUUUUUAAAACAAUAUCUCGAUUCUUGGCAGGAGCAUAUCGAUAACCUUUGGGCAUACAAAGUAUCACGAUAUAUCACCAUUUUGAUAUUUUAUCACACCUCUACUGAUCGUUCAAAUCUUCAGAGAUGGUGCAGGGGAGAGAAAUGACAUCCCCCCUCUAUUUUAUCCAUCUUCUCUAUUUUUGCUUCUGAUGUCUCCGUACCCUGUCAUCUUUGUCUGGCAAUUUGUCCCCUUUUUACUUCACUUUAUACUUGACAUUGCACCACGGAGAACAAAAGUGUGAACCGGCGUCUGCUAGUUUUGACUGCAAAGAUAAGAGCUCACUUAGAUAAGUGGGAGUGUGCUGUGUCUAGCAGAGGCGAGCAUGCUCGACUGCAAUCAGCAGGAAGGCGAGCGAGCUUCCCUGCCUGAGCUCUCAGCGCCCCUACUGGCUGCACGCUGUGCCAAUCAAAAGCUGAGCACGGCGGAGACGGGGGCGAGGGAGGAGUCAGAGCACAGCGCUGAUGUCACAGUCACAUGGAUUCUGGUGUGGUCAUGCUCCAAGGCUGAGAAGCAGAGAGCUGUGCUGGCCAGCUGCUGCUGAAACAGCAGUGGAAGGGGCUUUGCGCGGGGUGAUAGUUGUUCUCUUAUGGACCCGAAGCUUAAUGAUGUAUUUUGUGAUUUCAGCUAUGAAAGCUCAAAUCGAAAUAAUUCCCUGCAAGAUCUGUGGAGACAAAUCAUCAGGCAUCCAUUAUGGUGUGAUAACAUGUGAAGGAUGUAAGGGCUUCUUCAGGAGGAGUCAGCAGAGCAAUGCGGCCUACUCCUGCCCCCGUCAGAAGAACUGCCUGAUCGACCGCACUAGCCGCAACCGCUGCCAGCACUGCCGGCUGCAGAAGUGCCUGGCGGUUGGCAUGUCACGAGAUGCGGUGAAGUUUGGCCGCAUGUCCAAGAAGCAACGAGACAGCCUCUACGCUGAGGUCCAGAAGCAUCGGCUCCAGCAGCAGCAGCGGGACCACCAACAGCAGCCGGGGGAGGCGGAGCCUCUCACACCUAGCUACGGUCUCUCGGCUAACGGUCUCACGGAGCUCCACGACGACCUCAGUGGCUACAUGGACGGUCACACCCCCGACGGCACCAAACCAGACUCUGCCGUCAGCAGCUUCUACCUGGACAUCCAGCCCUCACCGGACCAGUCUGGCUUGGACAUUAACGGCAUCAAGCCUGAGCCCAUCUGCGACUUUGCCCCUGGCUCCGGCUUCUUCCCUUACUGCUCCUUCACCAACGGAGAAACUUCCCCUACCGUGUCCAUGGCAGAACUAGAGCACUUGGCCCAAAAUAUCUCCAAAUCACACAUGGAGACAUGUCAGUACCUGAGAGAGGAACUGCAGCAGAUGACCUGGCAAGCCUUCCUGCAAGAGGAGGUAGAGAACUACCAGAGCAAGCCGCGGGAAGUUAUGUGGCAGCUGUGCGCUAUCAAAAUAACAGAGGCUAUCCAGUAUGUGGUGGAGUUCGCCAAGCGCAUCGAUGGCUUCAUGGAGCUGUGUCAGAACGAUCAGAUAGUGCUGCUCAAAGCAGGCUCUUUGGAAGUUGUGUUCGUCAGAAUGUGUCGUGCCUUUGACUCGCAAAACAACACGGUCUAUUUUGACGGAAAGUAUGCAGGGCCAGAUGUGUUCAAGUCAUUAGGCUGUGACGACUUGAUCAGCUCCGUCUUCGAGUUUGGAAAAAACUUAUGUUCGAUGCACCUGUCUGAGGAUGAGAUCGCCCUGUUCUCCGCCUUUGUGUUGAUGUCUGCUGAUCGAUCCUGGCUCCAGGAGAAGGUAAAGGUGGAGAAACUUCAGCAGAAGAUCCAGUUGGCUCUACAGCACGUCCUGCAGAAGAACCACAGAGAGGACGGAAUUCUCACAAAGUUGAUAUGCAAAGUUUCGACACUGCGGGCACUGUGCAGUAGGCAUACAGAAAAGCUUACGGCUUUCAAAGCAAUAUACCCAGACAUUGUGCGUGCCCACUUCCCCCCCUUAUAUAAGGAGCUGUUUGGAUCAGACUUUGAGCAGUCCAUGCCCGUUGACGGGUAGCGUCCCUGCCAGGUGCCAGAGCACCCACCGCAGGGGAAUGUGGAGGAGGAAUCUGAGACACUUUAUAUUGGUGCCCUGCACAAACCAGAGUGGACAAGAUGACACGCUGCUCAACAUCUUCUUUUUCACCGAAGAAUAGGGCGGAUGGAUAGGAUUCUCAAGGUUUACUUCAUUGGUUCUCUUUGGAAGACUUAGGGGAGCUGAGACGCACCCCGUCCAACAUGAGGACAAACAAUUUCCUCCCCCCUUGAACUUGACCAUCUUCUGCGCAUUUCUAAGAUGAAACCUUUGAUGGAUGUCAAUCAUACGUUCAUUCACUCGGCUUUAUUUAGACUAUAAUGCAAAGUAUCAAACUUUAAAUUGUAUAAAUCAUUCAUUUUGUUUUUCAUAUCUUUCAUUAGGCACUGAAACACAUGUUGUUAUCGAGAAAACUGCAAUAAUUGUCUCUCUUCAAAGCGGUUGCACACGUUUAAAUAUGAAAUGCGCACAUUUUGGUCACGUUCUGCUUUUUUAUUUCCUUUCUCGUAUUCAGUCGUAUCUUUUGGAUGCAUUGCUCGGGACGCAAACUCACAGCAACCGGGAGGGAGGCUCUGUCGGCACGGUGAUGCAAUCGGCACCUCUCUGUGGACAAUCGUUUGAAGAUUUAAAAAAAAAAAAAAAAAAAAAAAAAAGAA